UGUUUCAACCCUUAUAUUUCUAACAUUGAUGCGACAGCAGCCGUUAUCGAGCUGCUGUGUGAGUUUUACUUUGUCCAAUAGUUACUCAGCUACAACCCGCGUGUUUCCCGGUCUGGACCAAUCAGCGCUGCCCUGGCUCCGGCAGUUCCUUUAUAAAGCCGUUGUUCACUCCGAGCAGUAUUCAUUCUUGAGCUGUGACCACAGAGAAGACAACUAAAAUGGCAAGAACCAAGCAGACCGCUCGUAAAUCUACCGGAGGCAAAGCCCCCAGGAAGCAGCUGGCCACCAAGGCUGCCCGUAAGAGCGCCCCGGCCACCGGCGGCGUGAAGAAACCUCACCGUUACAGGCCCGGUACCGUGGCUCUGAGAGAGAUCCGUCGCUACCAGAAAUCCACCGAGCUGCUGAUCCGCAAGCUGCCCUUCCAGCGCCUGGUCAGAGAAAUCGCUCAGGACUUCAAGACCGACCUGCGCUUCCAGAGCUCCGCCGUCAUGGCUCUGCAGGAGGCCAGUGAGGCUUACCUGGUCGGUCUGUUCGAGGACACCAACCUGUGCGCCAUCCACGCCAAGAGGGUCACCAUCAUGCCCAAAGACAUCCAGCUGGCCCGCCGCAUCCGCGGAGAGAGGGCUUAAACCCAACACAGACCAACCUACAGUCACACAACGGCUCUUUUAAGAGCCACAUACAAACACUAACGGAGCAACAGUCCUGAAACGACAGUGGUAUACGUCAUAUUGUAUAUGAUAAACUUAUAUAGUUAUUGUCUAUGUACUGCAGACACUAACCCUAACAAUAACUUGGUUUAUUGUUACACUAUGUAGAUGUGUAUUGCUUUUCC